AUGCCCCCAGAGCCGGUCUUCCUGGGCGAGGACAAUUUCUCUCUGUCAGCCACCAUCGGCUCCAUCCUCAGGGAGCUAGAGAACUCCAUGGAUGAGUCAGGGCCUGUGCAGAACGCAGGGGCACCCCCUGGGGGCCUGCAAGGUCCAGUGCUGCCUCCACCCGACCCCAUCUUCCUGGAAGCGCUGAGCUCCAGGUACCUGGGCGACACCACCAACCUGGACGACCCGUUUCUGGACAUUGACAAGUCAGCAGUGGAGAAGGAGCCCGCGCCUGCCCCCACGGAGCCCCCUCACAACCUUUUCUGCACAGCAGGCUCCUGGGAGUGGAAUGAACUGGACUACAUCAUGGAGAUCAUCCUAGGGCCCUAAGAUUUGGCCUGGGGCUCCGGCCGCCAUCAGUCGGGGUGCUGCUCAGCUCCCAUGCUUGUGUGUUCUCACAGGGGCUUCCAGCAGGGACUGAGGGCUCCCUGCCUCCCGUAUCAGGGUUCCACAAACAGUUCAGCAUGUGUGUGUGUGUCUGGUUGCCACGGCCUUCUAUGAAGGUGCAUCUUCCUGCGUUAAUUUAUCUCUUCCAAAUGCCUUAACGAGACUUUUCUGGGAGUCAGACUUCCCACCAAACAUAUUCCUUCUGCCUUUCCCUCCACUCCUGGCUUCCCUUAUGACCACUGGGGCCUUGGGGCAGAUAAAGCUGGGCCAGUGAAGGGAAGGACAGAGGGGACCUGCUGCCAGGUUGCCAUGGAAACCAAGGCUGUGCCUCUGGCCCCUCCAGAGAGUAGCAGGAGCUGGUC